AUGGCUGACAAGAGAGACAACAGAGACCAGAGAUACAUCUGGGGAAAGGGAGGCCUCAACGGCGGUCCUACCCGAAGCCACAGCUCCGACUUCAACCACAUCGGCGCCGGGGCUAAGCUGAACAACCACCCGGAUACCCAGAGCCAGAGCCAGCAGCACGCCGUCGCCAAUCCCGCCAACCCCGCUGAUCCCCUGGCAGGCCUCGAUCAUCACCGCGUCCGCUUCGACGCGAACAACAACGAUGAUCUACCCGCCAUGAUCCAGGCCAUGCAGAACGAACAUCCGAAUGAAGGACCUUGGAAUGCCCUCCACCUGCAGCAGUAA